AUGGAAGUUUCUAAUUCUGUUGUAACCGAACCUUCUAGUUCCUUUAAAAAACCGAGACAUCGUUACAUGUCUGUGAGCUUUAGUUUACAAAAUGACGCCGAAUCUUCAAGCGCCAAUUUAGUUGGACUGCUUGAUGAUUCCGUUAUUAGUGGAGAAUCAAAUGAUACCGAUCCCUUUCUUUUGGUGUCAUUAAGAAAUCAAAGAAGACCACCUCCACGACCUAAAUAUGUAUUUUUAUUAUAUUUAAUAGCCCUUUUAGAUUUGGCUAUUGUUUGUACUUGUACUAUAUUUUUAGUUCAUAAUGAAAAUACGGAACGUUGGCAUUGGAAAAAGGCAGAAUGGGGAUUGUUGAUAUUAGGAUUUUUAAGAUUUUUUGUGGUUUUAGGAGUUGCAUCUUCUGUUUGGAUCAAAGAAAUGAGAUGGGUAUUAGCUGGAGCAUGUUGUUUAUCCUCAUUAUAUAUAAUAUUCAAAUCAAAUCUCAAUUUUCAACAUAAAAGACAAACUCAAGAGUAUACACUUAUUUUACUCAUAUCAUCCUUUUUCUUCAGUCAAAUACAUUGGAUUGCUAAUGUCAUUAUAACUAGUGAUGCUCGACGUCGUGCUUUAUUCUUACGCGAUAGUAGCAUAUUUUUUGAGGAAGAUAAUGAAAUAAUUAUUCCCGGAAAUGAAACAAUCAUUCCUGGAAAUGAUAUUGUUACUUCCUCUUCCCCUUCAUCUUAUGGUGCAACUGAUAAUAACGAAAAUACUUUUCUCAAUUAA